UUACAUCUGGCCAUACUGGGUCGCUGAGACUUUCCCCGCCUUCAUCCACGGCAGCUCGUAUGGCAGACCGAAAUAGAAUAGUUUCAAGUCUGUUUGGACGGCGGCCCGGCACAAACUAUGCUCCGCCGCUUGACAGAGAGUAGGAUGUGGGCUGGUUCUCUCCAAGACUAGGCUGCCGAGGCCAGUCACGUUCAGAGACUACGCAGUCCGGGACAGGAACGGACAGGAAGACUGAGACGGAGAGUGAGACUAUGAAUCCCGCUGGGAACACUUGACCUUUGAGACGGCGGAACAAGAGACCCGGGCGAGGAAAGAACCCAGCGAGACAUGAAUAGAAUCUUCCAGUCUGUGGCCUUACAAGGGAAAUGUUCAUUGUGUCUGCACACGACCAUUCAAGCGGGCUGGACAGGAACCUAAACAAGACCCAAAGCGGACCAUGCUGGGCUUAGAAUGAACUUCUGAAAAGCCGUGAUCAUCUGAAGGAAGGGGGGCAGGAUGGCGACGCCUCAGUGCAGCUCCAGGCAGAGCAGCUCCCUCUCGUCUUCGCCAAGCAGCAGCCGCAUGCAGUGCCUGCAGGUGGACUCGGUCCAGCGGUGGAUGGAGGACUUGCGCCACAUGACGGAGGUGGAGUGCAUGUGCGUACUCCAGGCCAAGCCCAUCGAGGUGGAGGAUGACAACCAGCAGGCUGAACUGAUCGUGGGCAGCGGGGCGGGCGCCGGGGACCACGUGGCCCGCAACAACCUGCAGACGCUCCUUCGCCGGGCCCUGGUGGUUAGCACAGAACUGGGCAAGAUGUUCCAGCGGCUGGAGAAGGGACGCUGGCAGAGGGUCCACAGCACGGCCGUGCGGGCAAACUGCCACGUGCGCUCCUUGGUGCACGAGUACAGUAGUGCGGCGCGGGGCACGCCGCCUGAGAUGCAGAAGUACGAGACGGCUCUUCUGGAGAAGUGCAUGGAGCUGACUACUAUCACCGAGAGAUGUCUGCACACCGAGGACGAGUUCUUCCUGAAAUCCAUGAGAGACGCCAUCCAUGAGAUCCUGACUGACGUCAGCGAUUCGUUCAGCAACAUGAUCGACAUGGCCUUAGCCAAUGAGAUCCAGGUUCUGAUCAAACAAGUUGAGUCUUCGGACGACGUUGACACCAUCGGCAGCGCCAUCAGCAACCUGUUGUCCCUCACCCAGGAUGGACCUCAGCUGUGCAGCAUCAUCGCCAAGGAAGGAGCGGUGGUGUCGCUGUUCAAGAUCUGCAGACAGGACCGCUUCAUGGGCCUUUACGCUCACGCCCUGAGGACGGUGGCCUCCAUCUGCUGCGUGGAGGAAGGCAUCAAGCAGCUGGACAAGGUGGACGGCAUCCUGUGCCUGGCGGACAUCUUGACGGACGACAGCAGCGUGGAGGCGGCGCGGGCCGAGGCGGCGGCGGUGGUGGCUCAGAUCACGUCGCCUCACCACACGUCCACGCAGCACCUGGCCAGCUUCCUGGAGAGCAUGCACGACAUCGUCACCGCGCUCAUCGGCUUGUGCGAGAGCGCUUCCUGUGGCGAAGUCUUCCUGCUGGCGUCGGCGGCGUUGGCCAACAUCACCUUCUUUGACAGCAUGGCCUGUGAGAUCCUCCUGCAGCUCAACGCCAUCCACAUCCUGCUGCAGGCCUGCAAGGACCGCCAGAGAGUGGACACGCCCUACUCCAAGGACCAGGUGGUGACCAUCUUGGCCAACCUGUCGGUCUUGGAGCAGUGUGCUCCCGAAGUCCUGCAGGAGCAAGGCAUCGAGCGUCUUCUUCUGCUGCUGGGAGAGAAGCCGUCCUCCUCCAGCCCGUCCGAGGGCGCCGCCUGCGAGCGCGUCCAGCAGAAAGCCGCCGUCACCCUGGCGCGCCUCAGCAGAGACGGCGACGUGGCCAUGACGGCCAUCCAGCUGAAAGCCGUCCCUCGUCUUAUCGAGUUGUGUCGUUCCCCCACUGAGAGGAAUAACAGCGACUCUGUCUUGGUCGCCUGCCUGGCGGCCUUGAGGAGGCUGGCAGCAGGGUGCCCAGACAGCAUCGAGGUGUCUGACCAUCAGCAGCUGAUCAAACCGCGGCUGGUGGAUUCCUUCCUGCUGUGUUCCAACAUGGAGGAGAGCUUUGUGUGAAGCGAUGGACGCUAAAGUGCCACAUCGUGACGACUAAUGAGCAGCCGGGCUUGGACGCCGCUUUGACCAGGACCACUGCAACACGUGUACAUUAUGGACUGCAUCAACUGUGUACAGUAUGUGUGUGGCGCAGGGCUGGGCGAUACGGCUGAAAACUGUAUCACGAUAUCGAUAAUCAUUGAUACUUUUUAUGACCUAUGGAAAAUAAGGAGCAGGAGAAAAUAUAUUAAAUGUAAACAUUUGUAUUUCAAAUUGAUCGUAAUCCCCUCAGCUAACAAGGCAGAAAGGAAAUGUCAACACAAGCAUGGAAAACAAACAAAAUAGUAAACACUUCUUAUAAUGAAGGUGCAAAAAUAAGGAAUAUGUAAGAAAUGUUUGAUAAAGUGUAAGAAAAUAGUGAGAAAACGUAAACAUAGAGAGCUAUUUUCUGCAGGUUUAGUGGCAGCAAGUUACAGCUGUGCUCUAAAGGGUGAGCACGGCUCCCGGCAAUCAUCUAUUUGUUGUUAUUCCGAUCGGAACCGUUCGAGUGUCAAAACGUUCGGCUUUAUCGGGAAUCGUGAGCCGCCCCCGAAAAAUGUUUUAGAGAUACUGCGGAUUACCCAGAAUUCCCGGUUGUCCACCAUCCACACUCACCUUGGACAAUCAAACUACCAUUUUCCCCAGUCCAAAAAAAUUCCAGGAAUUCCCAGAAUUCCUGGUUUCCUAAAGCCCUAUUUUCACCUGAAAAGUUUUCACAGUCCCCAUGUUUUCAACCGUUUUUGACCAUUCCACCUUCAAAACAUUCCUCUUAGUUGGGACAACAAAAGCCCCCAUUUCUUUCACCCCAAUUUUCCCCAAAUUCCAGGAAUUCCCGAAAUACUUAUUCUCAAUUCCAACUGUUACUACGUCAACACUUUUCAACCCAUUCCAAAAAUUCCAACAGCAACCCAUUCAUAUCAUCCAUGACAAUUGUGCUAGUAUCAAUAUUUUCAAAAAUUCCCGGUUUUCCCGAAAUUCCAGGAAUUCCUGAAAUACCCAUCCUCAAUUCAAACUGUUACUACGUCAACACUUUUCAACCGAUUCCAAAAAUUCCAACAGCAACUCAUUCAUAUCAUUCAUGACAAUUGUGCUAGUAUCAAUUUUUUUUUUUUAAUUCCCAGUUUUUCAGAAAUUCCAGGAAUUCCCGAAAUACCCAUUGUCAAUUCAAACUGUUACUACGCCAACACUUUUCAACCGAUUCCAAAAAUUCCAACAGCAACCCAUUCAUAUCAUCCAGGACAAUUGUGCUAGUAUCAAUGUUUUUGUUUUUUAAUUCCCGUUUUUCCCGAAAUUCCCGAAAUACCCAUUCUCAAUUCAAAUUGUUACUACAUCAACACUUUCCAAUCCAUUCCAAAAAUUCCAACAGCAACCCAUUCACAUCAUCGAGGAUAAUUGUGCUAGUAUCAAUAUUUUAAAAAAUUCAAUUUUUUUCCGAAAUUCCAGGAAUUCCUGAAAUACCCAUUCUCAAUUCAAACUCUUACUACGUCAACACUUUACAACACAUUCCAAAAAUUCCAACAGCAACCCAUUCAUACCAUAGAGGAAAAUUGUGAUGGUAUCAAUAUUUUAAAAACAUUCCCGGUGUUCCCGAAAUUCCUGUAAUUCUCGAAAUACCCAUUCUCAAUUCAAACUGUUACUACGUCAACACUUUUCAACCGAUUCCAAAAAUUCCAACAGCAACCCAUUCAUAUCAUCCAGGACAAUUGUGCUAGUAUCAAUGUUUUUGUUUUUUUAUUCCCGGAUUUCCCGAAAUUCCAGGAAUUCCCGAAAUACCCAUUCUCAAUUCAAACUGUUACUACGUCAACACUUUUCAACCCAUUCCAAAAAUUCCAACAGAAACCCAUUCAUAUCAUCCAGGACAAUUCUGUGAGUAUCAAUAUUUAAAAAAAAUCCCGCAUUUCCCUAAAUUCCAAAAUGUCCAAGAAAUUCCCAUCCAUAGUUCUACAAUGCCCAAAAUCUUCCGCCCUUUUUUUACCCAAUUCCGACCUUUCAACCAUCCACCCACACUACUCUUCCGAUUUAUUGAACGCAAAACAUGUUUUCCCUUUACCAAAAUUCCCGAUUUUCCCGAGAUUUCCCGGAAUGAAUGGGACAUUUCUCAUCCAAUUUGAACCGACUUUCUCUUCUCACUCUAUGCAAAGAAUCAACCGCUACACAACAAGAUGGCGCAACCAAAAGUGAUAGUUGAUACUGCUACCUGAUUGGCCGUUAGCGUCUCACUCCCACUGACCAGUGAUCACUUCCUGCGUUGCUCGGUUACCAGAGAGCGAGUGCCUUUUGUUCAUGCAACCGACCUAGAUUCGCUACUUCCGUUUUUUCUUCCAACGAAGAAGAAAUAAAAAUAAUCUAACUUUUUAUCGAACACAUCUUUUUAUUGGUAUAAAUUACGUCUCUUUCGCGAUAUAUAUUGAUAUCGUUUUAUCGCCCAGCCCUAAUGUAGAGUACAUUCAAUAAAUAUUUGAUCGCUGCCGAUUUCGUAAGUUGACCAUCUUACAGAACUAUAAACAUUACGCCGUUGUUAGCAUUUUUACCUGCCGUAUAUAAAGGGUCAGAUACACACUAUUUUACACUUUCGGUCCUCACACAACCUUCAAGGCACAAGAACUCUGUUGAUUUUAAAGAUGUCCUCUUGUGUCAUAUUUAUUUUAUUUGUCGCAUUCAGUACAACUGCUCUCAGUAAAAUAUGAUUGUAAGUUUUCUUGCAGCUCAACAUGUAUUGUUACUUUUACUCAUGGACAUAUCUCAUGUUUGAUUUUAGCCACGAAAUAAAGACGGCGAAGCGUCUGGACUGUUUGUAGAAUUUAAUUCCCAAUAAAAAAUAACGCUAGCCUCUUUGUCAGGUUUCAAACACCGAUGACAUAUAUUAAACAGACAAGAAGCAAGGAAUUUAACAGAGACAGGAUUCAAUUUAGCUCAAUAAGGAGAGCGCGUACACCUGUACUCUUGUACAGUGUCGUGCCACGCUCUGACGAAAGGAUGGCACGCCUCCUCUUUUAUUUGGACUUUCCCUGAUUACAUGGCAACAGCUGUUUCUAAGGGGAGAUGGGGUCGUAAACAGCCGUUGCCCUCGGUCACAAAACAGUUCAAAGAAAAGAUGCUUGGAGCUUGCGUCAGGUCCCGCUUCCUCUCCGCUUUGUAGAUCUCGGGUCAAGACAAGAUCUUCCUGUGGAUUACAAUAGAUCAAAGAAACCGACACCUUCAUGUCUCUUCCCAUCGUACACAGUGGAGUUUUUACAAGCCUUUUGCUUGGUAAGAUCAAAGACAGCUUUUGUCUCCUCGCCAGGAACUCGUGAACAGAAAGUUUUGUGAUAACUUACAUACCACUAUUCUGACACUCUUAAAGUAGCAUCACUUUUAAACAAAAACAGGUUCUUCAGCUCCAAAACGAUUAAUUAUUAUUACCAUGAAUUGAUUUACGUGGACCCCGACUUAAACAAGUUGAAAAACUUAUUCGGGUGUUACCAUUUAGUGGUCAAUUGUACGGAAUAUGUACCGAACUGUGCAAUCUACUAAUAAAAGUUUCA